AGCUGUGUGACUGGGUAAUUCCUGGGAAGAAAGACUAUUAGCAAUAAGCAUGCUGAAUUACUCUCUUAUGAUGGAGGAGAAGUCACACCGAGGCCGGGAAAAGAGCAGAAGAGACAUCCUGAAGUCCACCAAGCUGACAUGGGCUCCCCUGGAUGAGCAGCUGCCCCCUGGCUCUGAGGAGGAGAGCCGCAGUCUCACCAACCCCCUGCUGGAAGAUUCGAAACAAGAAAUUAUUCAGCAGUGGCUGGACUCUGGAUUCUUUGUCUCUGUAAAUGAAAACCUUCAGCCUGCCGUCGACCACAUUGUUCCUUCUCCUGAAAAAGGAAUGGUCCAAAUGACUGUGAAAGACUACAUGAGAUCCCUGCAUCAGUUUUCAGAAACUCCCACUCUCUCCAGAGGGACCAGUUUCAACUCUUGCCAUUCUGCUGCCAGUAUACCACAAAGCAUUCCGGAAUGGCUGGAAUUUUGGGAAAAAGAUCCAGUGGAGAUUCUCUUGGAUCUGGGGUUUGGUGCUGAUGAGCCAGACAUCUGCACUCGAAUCCCAGCCAGAUUCCUGGGUUGUGGCUCAGCAGCCAGAGGAAUCAACAUCCCUGUUUUUCUUGAAGCUCAAAAGCAGCGAAUGGACACUGAGAACCCUAACUUGUACAGUCGUUUCCGACAGCUAGAAAUACUGGAUCACGUGGCCAGCGCUUUCUCGUCUUUGCUGAACAAUGUUAACAUCCUGCAGAGCAAAGCUGAAGAGGAAGGUGGAGGGAAAGGUGUGCGAAGAACCUCAGUGAGCGAAGCCAAAGAACAUCGAAGAAGAAUAGGUGAACUUUUUAGGAAAGGUUCAAAGCAGAACAUGAGAAAGGAUUAUAACCCGGGAGCAUCAGAGUCACUGGAGACAAUAGACAAAUCUUCUAUCACCUCUGCAGACCCAAGGGAGCGUGGAGCACAGGUAUCAGCUGUGACAAAGGAAUAUGCCCGAAGUCAUUUGUCUCCUUCGGCAGAGCAUUGGUCUCCUCGAGCCUGCGACAGCUUAACACCUUAUCAUCCUCCCCAAGCUCUUCCGAGCAAACAGGGGCCUCAGUCAUCCAUGCUGACCAAGCAGGUUCCUCCUUCCUGUGUGGCUGAGGGGUCAGUCAAGGACAGAACUCAAAAGGAGAAUUCAAUUCAGACUAAUAAACUCAAGAGCUUGUCCCGUCUUUCAGGCAAAGCACCAGACUCCUUCGAAAUGGAAGAGGUCCAGAGCUUUGAAGAAGAGACCAGCAAUCCUGUUGACAUGACUUCAGGAACCAUAGGAGCCAUGGUGAACAGAGCAAACAGCUGCCAGUCUGACAGCAGCGGGUUCCUGGAGGAGCCGCCGGAGCCACCAGCCCUGCAGAUGCCCCCCUUGUCAAGCAGCCCGAGUCCUGCUGAGAACGGAUAUGAAACGCCAAGGGCUCAGAGCCACAGCUUAGAGUCCUGUCAGCAAGAGUCAGAUGAGUCUGAUUCCAAGAGUAUAGUGAGCACAUCUUUUUCAAGUCAAGACUGGAGUGUCUUGGAAGAGAAAGCCUCAGCCUCUAUGGUGGAGAAGGAGUCUCAGUCAGAGCGCAUGGGGUCAACCCCAGAGCUGUGGACCCAAGAUCUGGCCCUUGAUAAGAGCAUCCCUGGGGGAGAACUCCCAAGGAGAGGUGGCCAGCUGCGGCAACUCCCACCCAUGCCCCAAACUGAAUACGAGGCCACUGCAGGCACAGUUACCUUCCAAGAUGGUAGCUCUGUGGGUGUUAGGAUGACACACAUCACAGAUGCAAAGGACGGGCUUCUGUGGCCUGAGCGAGCUGGGGAAGUAUAUGUGCACAACCACCCCUGUGAGCCUGUGAGACCACCCGGAACUGAUCCUGCUCCAGACAAGUCCCCUCAUGAUGACUCAGAGGCCCCAAGAGGAACAGAGGGCACUAAACUCUGUCCUUCCAUCAACAGUGCCUUACUGAUGCAAAACAGUGUCUCGCAGCAUGUCCCCAAGCCCAGGGCAGCCACGUCCUAUACAAGGGAUCUUGUUCAAACUUCUGGAACGUCCAUUCUCCAUCUAGAUAAGGUGGCUGCAGAUAGUCCCCGAGGGAAACCAGUGUGUAGAGCUUUGGGUCAAAUACCACCUAGGGAAGAAUCUGAGAUGGGAGACCUUCCUCCAGAUACUAACUUACAUGCUGCUAGCCCCAUGUCUGUGACAAUCCAGCUGUCCUCCAAACUGGCAUCACCUGCUCAGAAUGCUGUGGUCUUGGGAACAGAUUCUAGAGGAGCGAUUUUAGAAUGCACUGUGUGUGACUCUGUUACUGCAGCAGAACCAGGACUGGGGUCAGAAGCAAGACAGUUCAAUGAUGUUUCUGUUCAGACUGACGCAUGGGAGCCUCCGCCCUGGCACUGCUGUUCAGCUCCAGGUAAAAAGGCCCCGCCCCUCACCAAAUCUGUCUCUUUAGACACAGGCUUCCCCAGGAACUACCCAGGGGCCAUCUGCCAAGCUGCGCCCGCCCACUGCUGUAUCUACUGCCAUCACCACCUCCACUGCCCCACAGAGAGGCGAAGCCCCAGCUCCGUGUCUCCAACUUGCUGGCACUGCUUAUGCUUACAAAACCAUCUGGAAGCCCAGUUCAUGAAGACUUUGAAAGUCCUUCAGGACACCACAGUGAGAGAGCUGUAUUCUUGCACAGUCCAUGAGAUGGAAACAAUGAAGACAGUGUGCCAGAGUUUCCGGGAGCAUUUAGAAGAAAUUGAGCAGCACCUCAGAGGACAACAGGCACUCCUUUCCAGGGACAUGACAGAGGAGGAAAGGGAGGAGGCUGAGCAAUUGCAGACAUUACGGGAAGCCCUACGGCAGGAGGUGGAGGAGCUAGAGUUUCAACUGGGAGACCGGGCUCAGCAAAUCCGAGAAGGGAUGCUAUUGCAGCUUGAGCUUCUCACAGGGGAACCACCUGAAAACGACACAAAUCUACAUCCAUAUAACUGGACAGGAGAAAAGAGUGGCCGGACUCCAGCUGCUAAGAUCCACUCUGCCAUGCAUCCUGGCGCUGCCUUUGCUCCUGGUGAUGGCCAGCAGCCUCCCUGCUCAGGGACCCAUUUAGCUGCCUUUACUCAACCCUUCUUGGGCAGCAGUACCAGAAUGUCUCCUCCAUCGUGGGCAGAAUUAGAUCCAGGCCCUCCAUCAAAUUGUCCUGUUGGAGAAGAGGAUACAGAUGUCUUCCUCUAGGUCGGAGCAGGUUUGAUGACCUUCCUACAAAAUGUAAAACACAUGCUAGCCAGAGCAAGCAUAUCUAAAUUUUCCCUAAGGAGAAAUACCUAUCAACCCUUCAUCAGCCGCUGUUUUUUGAAUAUUCUACUCUACGGUUAAACCUGGGAGGAAUAUGUUAAUAUUCAUUUGAUAUAGAAUAAGUGAGCACCUACUAUGUGCCUGGCAUAGAGUGCAGUAGCCAAGAUAACUAGAUACACCUCAAGGUGCAUGUGGUGUCCAGUCUUUGCCCUGCUGAAACUUAGAGUAUGCUGGGGGAGACAGAAUGUAAACAUAUACAUAGGUAGGAAUCUGAAAACUGUGAACUUGCUUUGAAGGAACUAUAUUAACAGGGUUUCGUGAAAGAGUGUACUAGGGAGUCUGAGUUAACCUCAGCAUAUCAGGAGGGUCUGCUUGAUGAUCCAGGUCUCAGAGGUACCAGACUGUCCUAAAGCCUUGAGUCAGUCAGCGAGCCAGACUUACAGAGGAGGCUCCCACCAGAUGCCAGGGCCUCCUCUUGUGCUGCAGACAGAGCUGUGAGCAAGAAACAGUUUCUACUCACAAAGAAUUGGAGGAGGAGUGAGAAGCAGCAACCACAGCAACAAACAAGUAAAUAAGAUAGUGUCCGGUCUGCGCCGUGGUGAAGACUCUGUGAGGAUAUUGGAGAAGAUGAUGUGAGAUGAAUAAUGUGCCUUGUACACCAGAGCAUUCAGCCUGGCUAAAGGGAAGCUAUAUGGGAGAGGCCUGAAUGCUGAGGAUGAGGAAGCCAUGUGAAAUCCUGGGGAAAGAACGUUUAAAGCAGAAGGAAUGGAAAGUUUAAAGGCUCCGAGACACAAACUGCCUUCACUGUUGAGCAAAGGAGUGACAGGGGCGUGGAGGGAGGGGAGGUCUGAGAGGUGGCCUUCAGGAUGACUGUAGGCUGGCAUCUGAGAGCCCGAGUUUUUCCCAAGUGUGAUGGAAGGCCACGGUGGGUUUUAAGAAGGAUUGUCAUAUGAUCUGCCUUACAUUUACCAUUCACCCUAACAGCCUUGUGGAGAAGGCACCACUGGAGACUCACCACUGGGCAGGGUUCCCAGUUAGAAUAGAGCUCCCAGUUAGAAGGCAGCUGGUGUCACCCCCACAGGGGAGAAGCAAAGCUGUCACGUUGCUUCCGUCCAGCUGGGGAGGCUGGGGAGCCCCCACCCCCCGCCACCCCAGGGAAAGGCCGGGAGCUGAGCAGAGGGCUGCACUGGCAGUCUCUACUGCGGCGGACCAUCCAAGGAGGGGAAAUGCACGAAGAAUGGAGCCGCCAGCAACAGCUUCACGGAAAAUUGCCCCUUGAGGGAAGUUCAUAAUUUAUGUAAAAUGGGCAAGUGCAAGGACUCCGAGAAGUUAUUUCAUUGGAAAAUAUCUAUUACUAGACCCUAACUCCGGAGAAGGCAAUGGCACCCCACUCCAGUACUCUUGCCUGGA